AUGAAUCACAAAAUGGACUUCUGGAAUCUGGCAACCAGAAUAAUUUUCUUAUUACAAACUGCAACUGGAAUUCUGGGAAAUGUUUUCCUUAUUUUCUACUAUUUAGUGCUUUACUCCAGAGAAUGUUCAUUAAAGCCCACAGAUUUGAUUCUGGUGAACCUAAUGGCAGCCAAUCUGCUGAUAUUUCUCUCUAUAGGUGUGCCCCAAACAAUGGCAAUUCAGGGACUGAAGGAGUUCUUGAAUUACUUAGAAUGUGAGCUUAUGUUAUACCUUCAAGGAUUUGCUCGAGGUGUGUCCAUUUGUACCAUUUUCCUCUUGAGUGUUUUCCAAACCCUGACCAUAAGUCCCAAGAAAUCUUUUUGGAAGUAUGAAGUCAAAGCUGCCAAGUACAUUGGCUGUUGCAUUUCCGUCCCCUGGGUCUUGAAUGUGUUCAUUAAUUCCAUUGCAUUUCUCUAUACAUUUAUCACAAAGAAUAAUACAAACGUAAGAAGAAUACGAGAUUUUGGGUACUGUCAUCUUCUUAUAGGGAGUGAUGACAUCAGUGACACACUCUAUGUCGCAUUGGUGGUGUGUACUGAAGUAGUGUUUUCUGUGCUCAUUGCCUUGACAAGUGUUAUCAAGAUUGUCAUUCUGUACAGACACAAGAAGAGGGUGCAGCACAUCCGUAGCACUCAUGGUUCCAGCCAAACGUCCCCAGAGUCCAGAGCCACUCAGAACAUCCUCACAGUGGUGACUACUUUUCUGCUCUUUUGUACUCUCACCUCCUUCUUAAGAGGCUGUGUAGCUCUUUUUCAUAGUCACAGUUGGUGGCUUGUGAAUAUCAAUCACUUCACUUCUCUGUGUUUUCCUACUUUUGCACCCUUUGUUCUUAUGAGACAUCACUCCAUUGUAUGUAGAUUUACUCUGUGUUGGUUAAGACAAUAA